AUGGCGAUCUCCAAAGAUCUCUAUCCUUCUCAAGAGGAUCUCGUUUACGAGGAGGAGCUUAUCCGGAACCCAUUCAGCUUGAAGCUCUGGUGGAGGUAUCUAAUCGCCAAAGCCGACUCUCCAUUCAAGAAGCGAUUCGUCAUCUACGAGAGAGCCUUGAAAGCUCUUCCCGGAAGCUACAAGCUCUGGUAUGCGUAUCUCCGAGAGCGACUCGACAUCGUCCGGAACCUCCCUGUGACUCAUCCUCAAUACGACUCCCUCAACAACACUUUCGAAAGAGCUCUGGUGACGAUGCACAAGAUGCCGAGAAUUUGGGUUAUGUAUCUCCAGAGUCUCACUGCGCAGAAGCUGAUCACUCGGACUCGGAGAAGCUUCGACCGCGCGCUCUGCGCUCUGCCUGUGACGCAGCACGAUCGGAUCUGGGAGCCGUAUCUCGUCUUCGUGAGCCAGGAAGGGAUUCCGAUUGAGACCUCGCUGAGAGUUUAUCGAAGGUAUUUGAUGUAUGAUCCUAGUCACAUUGAGGAGUUUAUUGAGUUUCUGGUGAAGUCUGCUCGUUGGCAAGAAGCUGCAGAGCGAUUGGCGUCUGUGUUGAAUGAUGAUCAGUUUUACUCAAUUAAAGGGAAGACGAAGCAUACACUGUGGAUGGAGUUGUGUGAGCUGCUUGUGCACCAUGCUAAUGAUAUUUCUGGUCUUAAUGUUGAUGCUAUCAUUAGAGGAGGGAUUAGAAAGUUUAAGAAUGAAGUUGGAAUGCUCUGGACUUCUCUUGCUGAUUAUUAUAUCAGGAAGAACUUGCUGGAGAAAGCUAGGGAUAUCUAUGAGGAAGGGAUGAUGAAGGUGGUGACUGUGAGGGAUUUCAGUGUAAUAUUUGAUGUUUACUCUAGGUUUGAGGAGAGCACUGUUGCUAAGAGAAUGGAGAUGAUGAGUUCUGAUGAUGAGGAUGAGAUUGAAGAAGAGAAUGGCGUUGAUGAGGAAGAGGAUGUUCGGCUGAAUUUCUCUCUGUCUGUGAAAGAGAUGCAAAGGAAGAUUCUGAAUGGGUUUUGGUUAAACGAUGAUAAUGAUGUUGAUCUGAGACUAGCUCGCUUGGAAGAGCUGAUGAACAGAAGACCGGCUUUAGCCAACAGUGUGCUGCUUAGGCAGAAUCCGCACAACGUUGAACAGUGGCAUCGCAGAGUGAAGAUCUUCGAGGGAGACGCAGCGAAGCAGAUUCUGACUUACACCGAAGCAGUGAGGACGGUGGAUCCACUGAAAGCGGUGGGGAAGCCUCAUACGUUGUGGAUUGCGUUUGCUAAACUGUAUGAGAACCACAAAGACCUGAUCAACACGAGAGUGAUUCUGGACAAGGCUGUCCAAGUAAACUACAAAAACGUGGACCAUCUUGCGAGCGUGUGGUGUGAGUGGGCUGAGAUGGAGUUGAGGCACAAGAAUUUCAAAGGAGCAUUGGAGCUUAUGAGGCGUGCCACCGCCGUACCGACGGCAGAAGUCAGAAGGAAAGUGGCGGCUGAUGGGAAUGAGCCGGUGCAGAUGAAGCUGCACAGAUCGUUGAGGCUUUGGUCCUUUUACGUUGAUUUGGAGGAAAGCCUGGGGACAUUGGCAUCGACAAAAGCAGUGUAUGAGAAGAUACUGGAUUUGAGGAUAGCUACGCCUCAGAUCAUUCUGAACUAUGCUUAUCUUCUGGAGGAAAACAAGUACUUUGAAGAUGCUUUCAAGGUCUAUGAAAGAGGUGUCAAGAUAUUCAAGUAUCCUCACGUCAAAGACAUAUGGGUCACCUAUCUCACCAAGUUUGUCAAGAGGUAUGGGAGGACAAAGCUGGAGAGGGCAAGAGAGUUGUUUGAGCAUGCGGUUUCAAUGGCUCCAUCUGAUGCUGUGAGGACCUUAUACCUGCAGUAUGCGAAGCUAGAAGAGGAUUACGGUCUGGCCAAGCGAGCAAUGAAGGUUUAUGAGGAAGCCACAAAGAAGGUUCCUGAAGCUCAGAAGCUUGAGAUGUACUCGAUAUACAUUUCUAGAGCAGCAGAGAUCUUUGGCGUUCCCAGAACUAGGGAGAUUUACGAGCAAGCCAUAGAGUCUGGGCUUCCUGACAAGGAUGUGGAGAUGAUGUGCCUGAAAUUUGCAGAGCUGGAGAGAAGCUUGGGGGAAAUAGACCGUGCUCGAUCCGUCUACAAGUAUGCCUCUCAGUUUGCAGAUCCAAGGUCAGACCCAGAGUUUUGGAACAAGUGGCAUGAGUUUGAGGUGCAGCAUGGGAAUGAAGACACCUACAGAGAGAUGCUUCGGAUCAAGAGAAGUGUUUCAGCAAGCUACAGCCAGACUCAUUUCAUCUUGCCUGAGAAUAUGAUGCUAAAGGACAAGAUAGAUGUGGAGGAGGCGAAGGAUGAGCUGAAGAAAGCCGGUUUGCCGGAUGACGAAAUGGCAGCGCUGGAGAGGCAGCUAACGUCUACCACAGAUGCAGUGAGAAGAGUUGGGUUUGUGAGCGCAGGAGUCAUUUCGCAGUCUGGUGCGAACGAGGGGAAACCGGUGACUGGAAAUGGAGAGGAGAUAGAGCUCCCGGACGAGAGCGACGAUGAUGAUUCUGAUGGAGAAGACGAGGUAGAGAUUGCUCAGAAGGAAGUCCCUGCUGCUGUGUUUGGAGGACUGGCCAGAAAGAGAGAUGAAGUAACAGAAGCUGAUGAAGGUGGUGCAGCCAAGACGCUUGGUGCACUUGAGAGGAUCAAGAGACAGAAAUUAGCUCAGUGA